CAAACAAUAAAGAAAAGAGUUUUGUAAAAAAAAUUAAUUUAAUUAUUUAUCAAACAAACUGUAUAAUGCUCCAAAAAGAUUGGAAAAAAUGGUGUCGUCUAUGUGGGAAGAAAGGAGGUUCGGAAGUAGAUUUUACUUUCAAAUUUGAAAGUACUGAAACUUUGGCUGAAAUUGCAAUGAAGUAUUUCGGAAUACUGAUUUCGAAGGAAAAUUAUUCUUUUACAAAAAUAUGCGUGAUGUGUCAUGAAACUAUCAGUUCAAUAAUAAAAUAUAAUGCUCAUGUCGUUAAAGUAAAUGAGAUGUUUCAAGAAUUAGAAAAUUUUCAUAUGAAUCAGAAUACAAACUUCGAAACCCUAAGAGAAAAGUAUGGUCUUGAUAAUGAGAUUGGGAAUUCUGAUAUAUAUGCAGUUCAAACCAAAAUUGAUUUAGAAUCAGAGAGUGACAAGAAAUCAACAUCGCCUUUACAGAUUUUUCUGAAAACUGAAAUUAUGAAUGUAGAUGAAGACUGUUUUUUAGAAGAGACAAAUAAUUCUAACAAUGUAGAAGAAGAUAGUUUUUCAAAUGUAUGUAGCACUGAUCAAAAAGCAGAAGAAACUUUAAAAAUUAAAAAAGAAAAAGAUAAAGGAAACUCUAAUAAUUCAAAUGUAGAUGUGCUUUCAACUGAGUUGGAUCUGUUGGACGAAAAAUACUUUCAAUGCAACAUUUGUGAAAAAUACUUUUCUUCAAAACGGGCACGUGCAAGACAUAUAAGACAGAAGCAUUCCGAAAAUUUGGACCUACCAUCCCACAAGUGCAGCACUUGUGGAAGAUUCUUCAAAAAUCUUUGGAAUCUUAAUGCGCAUGAGGUUACACAUUUAUCGAAAACUGAUAGAAAAUUGUAUGAUUGUCCCCAAUGCAGCAAGCAGUUUACUUCUGAAGCACACAUGCAGGAUCAUAUCCGCGUUAUACACAAAAAAGAGAAAUCUUUUAUUUGUGAAUUGUGUGGAGCGGCAUUUGGGAGAAGUGGGAAUUUAUUUGAUCAUCGCUUAACACAUAGCACAGAGAAAAAAUUUAAGUGUUCGAAAUGUGAAAAAACUUUUAAGUGCAAACGUUCUUUGAAGAUUCAUUUCGAUACACACGAAGGUACAGAAUAUUCUUGUCAAAUUUGUGGAAUUAAACUUAACACAAAAAGGAUACUUCGACGUCAUAUGAUUGUGCAUUCUGAUCUAAACAAAUACAAAUGCAAUUUCUGUUCAAAACAAUUUAAAAGGGCUGAUGCUUUUAAGAAUCAUAUUAUUUUGCACACUGGAUUGAAGCCAUAUCAGUGUCCAUUUUGUGGAUUAGCAUUCGCCAAUGGUUCUAACUGCCGAAAACAUCAAGUAACAGUGCAUCCUACCGAAUUAUCUGAUGCAAAAUUAGCAGGUACUCCAAAAAUUGUACAGAAUAUUCCUAGUAUAAAACAAUUAAAAGCAGUAAAUGAAGAGGCACUUAUUGGUAAAAAUAUUUUACUGUUCAAAAUGCAACAAAAAGAUUGGAAAAAGUGGUGCAGACUUUGCGGGAAAAAGGAUGGCUCAGAUAUUGAUAUUACACUGAAGUUUGAAAGCACUGAAACUCUAUCUGAGGCUAUAAUAAAGUAUUUUGGAAUAAUGAUACCAAUUGAAAAUAAUUGUUGCACGAAAAUAUGUAUAAUGUGUCAUGAUACAAUUAAUUCGAUUAUUAAAUACAACGCCCAUGCUAUUAAAGUAAAUGAAAUGUUUACAGAGUUAGAGAAUAAUCAUUUAAACCAAACUUUUGAUGUAGAACCUUUACGAGAAAAAUAUGGAUUAAAUAACGAAACUCACGUUUUAUUUGAAAAUGAAAUGAGACCCGCAGACUUUUGUGCAGUUCAAGUAAAAGUUGAUUCAAAAUCAAAAGCUGAUAGUAAAAUGAGUAGUUCUCCCUCGAAAUGCCCUUUAAAAACUGAGGUGGUAGAUGUAGAUGAGUUGAAUUUUUUGGAGGAAACAAAUGCAUUCGACGAAGGGCCAAAUGAUAUUUUAUCUAGUGACUGUAAUCCUGGACAAAAUUUGGUAGAAGAAUUCUUUAACGUAAAUUUAGGUAAAUCAGACGAAAUGAAUACCUUAAGUAAAAAAGGGGAAGAAUCUAUUUCGAUAGCUUCGAAAAGCAAUGAAGAAAAAUGUGUGGAGUGCAAUAUUUGUCAAAAACGGUUUGUUACAGCUAGGGGGAGAACAAUACACAUGAAGCAAAAGCAUGCAGUGAAAAUAGGUCCCCCUCCAUAUAAGUGUAACGUCUGUGGAAGGUUAUUUAAAAGAAUUCAGCAUCUAAAUGCUCAUGAAGUAGUACACUUAUCAGAAAAUGAUAGAAAAUUGUACGCUUGCCCACAAUGCAAUAAAAAAUUUACGAACGAAUGGUACGUACAAGAUCAUAUUCGUAUAGUUCAUAAGAGAGACAGGCCCUUUAUAUGUGAACUAUGUGGUGCAGCUUUUGGAAGUAAUCGUAAUCUAGUUGACCAUCAUUUGACUCAUUCCGAGGAAAAGAAAUUUAAAUGCCCCAAAUGUGAAAAGACUUUUAAAUGCAAACGAGCGUUGAAGCUUCACGUUGAUAUCCAUGAUGAUACCGAAUAUAUUUGUCAAGUGUGUGGUCUUAAACUUAAUACAAGACGAAUAUUACGUCGUCAUAUGAUUGUACAUUCCGAUUUGAACAAGUACAGAUGUAAUUUCUGUUCAAAACAAUUUAAAAGACCAGAUGCAUUCAAAAAUCAUUUAAUUCUGCAUACUGGCUUAAAACCGUAUGAGUGUUCGUUCUGCGAUCUAACGUUUGCUAAUGGGUCCAAUUGUCGAAAACAUCAACGAACAACUCAUCCUGUUGAACUAGCAGCUGCAGAAUUAAAGGGCAAACAGAAACUUGCUAAAAAUGUUCCUAGUAUAAAGCAAUUAAAAGCUGUAAAUGAAGAAGCGUUGCUUAAUGAAAAAAAAAUAAACUUAAAUUUCGAUACAAAUCUCAAUACAGUUCAGAUGUAAAAAGCAAUAUUUGCAUGUUUGUAUAAUUUUAAGGACUUAAGCGUAUGUCACCACAAAUUAAAUAGCAAUUGUGAUUUAUAGGUUUAGUUGAACAUUUUAUUUUAAAUAUAACACGAACAUAUAAUUUUUUUUC